AUGAACCAAAUAGGUUUUGGUGCAGCUGUUCCACCAGAUAAAAAUUAUGCCCAGUUGGUUGAUGGUGACGACGUCAUUCAUAUAUUUGGUUAUAGAACAAGUGCAUCAAAGACAGUUUUAACAUGGAUUCUCACCAUUCUAACAUUUGGAUUGUUUCGAUUAUUAUUACAUUGGUGUCCAAAUUUGCUAAUGUGGUGUACAUCUUCUUCUUGUUCGCUUCACGUUGCAGAUUACGUUUUCGUCAGAGAUAGCCAUAUGAAUGUAACGUCGCGUCCCAUACAUGUAUUACGAAGUGGUGAUGGUGAUUAUAUUGCUGUUCCCAUUGGUGGUUUCAGGAUUACAAACGUCCAUAUGUUGCGUUACUUCACAUACAAAAAAUUAAAAUAUAUUUGGUAUGCAGAAGAAAUGAGAUUUAUCGAAAUUUCAUCAUUUGAUGAUGAAGUGGAUUUCACCUUUUUCCACAGUUUGGUUGAAUGCGGUUUUUCAUCGACCGAUGUUUUAAAAAGGAGAAAAAUUUAUGGAAAAAAUUUCAUACAGAUUAAACCAAAGCCUCUUUUUUUACUGCUUUUCAGAGAAGUGCUUACACCUUUCUAUCUAUUCCAGAUCUUCAGUGUCACAGUUUGGUUUAUGGAUGAUUAUGAGAUAUAUGCGAGUGUUAUUGUAAUCAUGUCCAUGGUGUCUAUCGCUCUUGACAUGUAUCAAACUAGAAAACAAGAAAAAGGUCUUAUGAAUAUGGUUCACACAUCUGGUAUUGUUGAAGUCGUAAGAAACGGUGGUCGAAUGGAACAAGUUGGAAGCGAUGAAUUAGUUCCGGGUGAUGUAAUAUUGAUUCCUUCACAUGGAUGUAAGAUGCACUGUGAUGCUGUUUUGAUGAACGGUACUGCGAUUGUUAAUGAAUCUAUGCUAACUGGUGAAUCUGUUCCGGUCACUAAGGUGGCACUGCCAGAGGUUGAUGAUGAAUGCAUUAAUUUAUUCACUAUUAAGGAACAUUCGAGGCAUACAUUAUUUUGUGGUACCCAGGUUUUACAAACACGGUACUAUAGUGGAAAACGCGUUAAGGCAAUCGUACUACGUACUGCUUAUUCCACUUUAAAGGGUCAGUUGGUUCGUUCUAUAAUGUAUCCGAAACCUGUUGACUUCCGCUUCACCAAAGACCUGUUUAAGUUUGUCGGUUUCUUGGCAUGCAUUGCAACCAUUGGAUCCAUAUACACUCUUGUGGUGAUGAUUUAUCGUGGAAGUUAUUUGCGUCCAAUUAUUAUUCGUUCUUUAGACAUUGUUACGAUUGUUAUACCGCCUGCAUUACCAGCUGCAAUGAGUAUAGGAAUAUUGGCAGCUCAAAUUCGUCUACGAAAGAAGCAAAUUUUUUGUAUUUCACCUUCAACAAUCAAUACUUGCGGGGCAAUUAAUACGGUAUGUUUUGAUAAAACAGGGACAUUAACUGAAGACGGUUUGGAUUUCCAUUGUCUCAGGCCUGUAAAUCGCUUUGGAAUCAAACCUUAUUUUGAGGGUGAGAUUGAUACUUUCAAUUCAAUAAAGCUGAUACAGUAUGGAGAACUUAUCAAGGCAAUUUCUUGCUGUCACAGCCUAACGAGGAUACAUGAUAAGUUGUGUGGCGAUCCACUUGAUAUCAUUCUAUUCAAGAAUACGGGAUGGUACUUGGAUGAAAAUAUAUGCAGCAAAAUAGAUGAAACAGAUCGUUUCGACCUUCUUCAACCAACGGUCAUUCGCAGUUCUUCGGAUCAUACGAGUUUUUUUGGGGAAAUUGAACUCUCUAUUAUUAGGCAAUUCACAUUCAGUUCGUCACUACAGCGAAUGAGCGUUAUUGUACACAAUCCUAAGGAAGAAUCGCGGAGUAUGUCUAUUUAUUGUAAAGGAUCUCCAGAAAUCAUUGCGUCUCUUUGUCGCCGAAACACAAUUCCGGAAAAUUACACGAACGUCAUCAAUGAAUAUGCACAGCAUGGUUAUAGGUUGAUCGCCAUAGCUUAUAAAGAGUUGUGCAUUAGUUUUGCCAAAUCGCAGCGUGUAAAACGAGAAUCGGUUGAGUGUGACUUAGAAUUACUCGGUAUCAUAAUCAUGGAAAAUAGACUGAAACCACAGACAAUUGGUGUGAUCAAUCAAUUAAAUAAGUACCUUUUCUGA